CCAGCAGCCAUUUUGUUAGCUAACUCAGAGGUAGCCGCUGGCGCGUGUGGUAUAAUUGCGUGCAUUGUGCGUAGCAAAGCUUGUAUUUCAAUUCCACCGUCGUAUUUCGAAUUUUUAUUUUACUCCAAUCUGGUUUGACCAUAAGACCGUAGGUAAGGAGAUUACGUUUGUAUUUGUUGACUGCGAGUCCACAUCUAGACUGGACGGUCAUUCAUUUCUCAAGCCCUCUCGAGUUUGCUAGCUUCGGUGGCAAGCUAGCUAACUUGUUUGUCGUCGACAAAGGAGAUAAGUGACGCAUUUCGUGCGCCCUCUCAGCUCAGUAAAAUCAAACGUUCGAGUAUCUACAGUUGUGUGGGUGUCAACGUUCGAUAUUUUUUUCGUGUUUCUAUUUGCUUCUGGGCGGAGCAAAUUCGAGUAACGAACUCAAGCGCAUUCUUUUGCGUGUAUAGCUUCCUCGUAGCGAGGUAGCACCAAGAGGCUUCAAGCUGGCUACCGGCCUUUCAGAGAACAUGUCCGAGUUGUACAUUCGGGUGGCCGAGGAUGAGAACGAAGAGCCGAUGGAGAUCCCCUCGGAGGACGACGGCACGGUUCUGCUGUCGUCGGUUGCGGCCCAGUUUCCAGGGGCGUGCGGGCUUCGCUAUAGAAAUCCGGAGUCCCAGUGCAUGCGUGGAGUUCGGCUUGUGGAGGGUGUCCUGCAUGCGCCAGAGAGCGACUGGGGGAACCUGGUCUACGUGGUCAACUACCCCAAAGAUAACAAAAGAAAGAUGGAGGAAAUAGAUGCCGCCUCAGCUGUGAAAGUCAAAAGGGGUUACCAGAAGACAUCAGACCUUAUUGUCCUCGGCCUGCCGUGGAAAACCACAGAGCAAGACUUGAAGGAAUAUUUCUCCACCUUUGGCGAGGUCAUCAUGGUACAGAUCAAGAGGGAUGCAAACACAGGCAACUCCAAAGGAUUUGGCUUUGUGCGUUUCACUGAAUAUGAAACCCAGGUGAAAGUGAUUUCUCAGAGGCACAUGAUAGAUGGACGAUGGUGUGACUGCAAGCUCCCCAAUUCAAAGGCAGAUGUUUGCGGUGCCUUCCCUGACGAGCCCAUGCGGAGUCGUAAGAUCUUUGUGGGCCGCUGCACGGAGGACAUGACCCCCGAUGAGCUGCGGCAGUACUUCAUGCAAUAUGGAGAAGUCACUGAUGUCUUUAUCCCCAAGCCCUUCCGGGCGUUCGCCUUUGUUACGUUUGCUGACGACCAGGUGGCUCAGGCCCUGUGCGGAGAGGACCUGAUCAUCAAAGGCGUCAGCGUGCACAUCUCCAACGCUGAGCCCAAACACAACAAUAGUAGGCAAAUGAUGGAACGAGGGCGCUUUGGGGCUGGCGGCUUCAGUCAGGCGUACGGCGCUAGUCGCGGCGGGCUGGGUGCGGGCGGAGGGGGCAAGGGCGGGGUAAACUUCAGUGCCCUGGGCCUCAACCCGGCUAUGGUGGCGGCCGCCCAGGCGGCAUUGCAGAGCAGCUGGGGCAUGAUGGGCAUGCUGGCCAACCAGCAGGGGAUGAGCACGGCGGCCGGCGGCACGGCCGCCACCACCCGCGAUCAGACGUACGGCUCCACCAGCACCAGUUACAGCAGCCCCACCACGGCCAGCCUGGGCUGGCCGGCAGGCACUAACUCUGCCUCAGGCAGCGGCUUCAGCUCGGGCUUCGGCACCUCCAUGGAGACCAAGUCCUCCAACUGGGGCAUGUAGAUAAGUAGGCGGCAGUUGUGUCGGUAUCCUAGGCCAGGGCUCAGGGCCCGCCGUCAAAUUAGGAAAAGCGUUUAGUUUGAGGUGUUUGUCAGUUUAGCGUGGCCCUUUGAGACUGUACCAAAAUUUUCGAGUCCUUGGUCUAGGCUCCUCCGGUAAGUACUAUAAAAAAAAAAACAUAAAAAAAAAAAAAAACACUGCCUUUUUUGUUAAGUCAGAAUGUGUGUGAGUGACACUAGUCAUGAGUGGGUUUAGUUAGCUGCUUUUCAGAAAACCAUGUGCAUGCGGCGUUGUUUGUAAACGUGCGAGAGUACCACCAGACCGCCAGGCCCUCUCAAGAGGGCUUGAUAUCCUUGUGUUGUGUAUGCAGUGCACUUCUACUUUUUUUUUCUGAUCUGAUGGAAACGCCUUGCCGACCGUCUCUCCUGCAGUUAACCAACUGUUUCGCACGCUCCCGGGAGGAAGCGCCUCACUGGCGGCAAUGUUCUACAGAUCUCAGUAUCACGUGUAAACGCUUUGCCAUCAACACCACACAAGCUUCACUCUGCAUUUACUGUGCUCCACGGUGGGUGUCACCUUCUCAUUCCUCUCCCUUUGUCGUGGACUUCUUGUCUGAGAUCGAUGAGUGGGAUUUGAUGUGGAGCGAGCGAGCGAGCGAACGAACGAGUGCUACGUGAACGAAGCACGAGUGAGCAGAGACUGCCUGUUUUUUGUUGGAUUUUUCUUUUUUGGAAGGGACAAAUGCCUGCGAGGGUUUGAAGAAGCUGUGGCUUUGUACGAGUGUGCGCAUGUGUCAUCCCAAGGACAUCGUUUCCCAGCCCAAGUAGUUUUUAGAAUGCAAGUGCUAAGACUUAUUUGUAUCCUUCCAAGUUUCCUCUUGAUGUCCAAUUCAAUGUGAAUUGUGUGUCUGCUUGUGUGCUUAUCUUUUCUGUGUUAUUACCUGGCGACAUCCGUGUGUGGAAAUUCGACUGCUGCUGUUUGAGCGUUUGGAAGUGUGCUGACAUGGCAAAUGUUUGAUAUGGGCCUAUUGAAAGUUUGAGUUUUGAAUGAGGGUUUUCUCCCCACCCCCCGUUAUGUUUUGUGAUUUGAAACUGAAAUAAAAGGAGAAUUUGACUAGGUUUUA